AUGCCUUCUGCUUCUGAGACAGCGCGCUACUCGCAAUCUCGAUCGCCAUCCCUGCGACCUUAUCGCUCCCUAGGAGUCGAACCGCACAACGAGCCCAGCUCGCUUCGUCGCAGCGGCGGCAUCGCAUCACCCCCGCCGUCCAACAGCUAUCCGCUGCAGCCCUUAUCGCAUUCCUCGCACGCAGACAUGUCCGGCCGCAACUCCCCAGUGCCUUCCUUCAACUCGGAUCUGGGCACCACUGGCUUCCGCUCCCGCCCCGGCAGGACACGCUUCGGUCGCUUCUCUCCCGUGGGCGUCGCAGAUGACGAAGAGCAACGCGGCCUGCUAGACGAGCGCGACGACCCAGAUCGCGGCGGCGCCAACAAAUCGGGCGCCUACAGCGACGAACCCUAUGGCCCCUCGCGCGCCCCGGGCUCCUACGACGACGGCCAACAAACGCAGUACGGCACCGGUAGCGCCAGUCCAACGAGCCCGUUCAAGGGCAAGCGCAACGGCGCCACGCCGUCUGGCGGCGCUCGGGGCAGCUUCGGCCUCAGCCUUUUCUCGUCGACCAACGGGAAUGGCGCCGCACAGCAGAAUCGCAGCUUCACCUUUGCUGAGACUGAACGCUCCAAAUCCAAGUUCCCGCCCAACGUGGUCCGCAACCAGAAGUACAACAUCCUAUCCUUUCUGCCAAGGGUGCUCUACGAGCAGUUCAAGUUCUUCUUCAACCUCUACUUCCUCCUGGUCGCUCUGAGCCAGUUCAUACCCGCACUCAAGAUCGGCUUCAUCGCUACCUAUGUCGCGCCGCUCGCCUUCGUCCUCUGCGUCACCGUCGGCAAAGAGGCAAUCGACGACUGGGCACGCUACAAGAGGGACGUCGAGAGCAACAGCGCCCCCUACAAGUUGUUGGUCCCAGCGGAUUCCAGCCUCGCAGUGGCGCAGGCCAACAUGGCCCGCAAGCCGGAUCGACGGCGUCCGUUCGCGCUAGGCACCACGCUCGGCCGCUCCAGGAUUGUUACCGCUCCAAGCAGCAAGAUCCGAGUCGGCGACCUCGUCGUGCUCGAGAAGAACCAGCGCGUGCCUGCCGAUAUGGUGCUUCUACACACGACCGCAGGUGACCAGGCUACCGACGGCGAUAGGACGAGCGCCAGUGCGAUGGGCGGUGCGUCAUCCUUCGUGCUCGGUGAGGACGAAGACGACGAUGCCUUCGAUUCGGCGAAGGCGAGACGGCAGCCCAGCCUCGAAGGCGGCCUCGACGCCGCAGAGGUCGAAAGUCGAGCCCGCGACGCGGACGCCACUGCAGCUCAACCAGGAGAAGGGUCCGGCGGCACCUGCUUUAUCCGCACUGAUCAGCUCGACGGAGAGACGGAUUGGAAGCUGCGAGUUGCGGUCGACCUGACCCAGCGACUGCCCGUUGAUGAGCUAGCGAUGCUGAAGGACCGCGCAUCUGUCUUCGCAGGGCCGCCGAUCAAAGAUAUCCACACGUUCCUGGGCAACUUCACCUUGCAGCCUCCGCCAGAAGACGAUUGCUCGGGCAUCACACAUGGACCCCCAUCGUUGCCGGCGGUUGGCAACCUCCUGGAUGAGGAUCAGCCCGGCUCCCGACUCAGCGCUACAGGCCAGACCGAGUCGGCGAUUGCCAUGAGCCAGCAAGCGCAGAUGGCCCCUCUGUCGGCCGACAACCUUCUCUGGGCCAACACGGUCCUUGCUGCCGGUACAGCCGUCGGAGUCGUCGUCUAUACGGGCCGCGAGACACGGGCCGUGAUGAAUACCAGCUACCCCGGCACCAAGGUCGGCCUCUUGGAUCUGGAGAUCAACCGCCUUUCCAAGAUCCUGUGCGGCGUCACUUUCGCCCUAUCAGUCGCCCUCGUCGCUCUCAACGGGUUUCGGGGCGAGUGGUGGGUCUACAUCUUCCGCUUCCUUAUCCUAUUCAGCUCAAUCAUUCCGAUCAGCUUGCGCGUCAACCUCGACAUGGGCAAGACAGUCUACGCACGCCAGAUCAUGAACGACGAAGAGAUCCCGGGCACCAUUGUCCGCACCAGCACUCUGCCCGAGGAGCUCGGACGGAUCGAGUACCUUCUCAGCGACAAGACGGGAACGCUGACGCAGAACGAGAUGGAGAUGCGGAAGCUGCACAUGGGGACGAUGAGCUACGGCUGGGACAGCAUGGACGAGGUCGCCAGUCAGCUUGCCACCGCCCUUGGACAGUCGCAGACGGCCCAGUCCGGGCCGAAUACGCCGGCAAAGUCAAAAGCUCCGACCGCUGGCGGCCUGACUCCCGCUGGAGCGAUGCUGGCCGGUCGUGGUCGACGAGACAUGAGCUCGCGGGUCAAGGACGUCGUCCUGGCGCUAGCACUCUGCCACAACGUCACGCCCGUCACUGAGGAGGACGGCUCCAUCACGUACCAGGCGAGCAGCCCGGAUGAGGUCGCCAUCGUGAGGUGGACCGAGUCGGUGGGUCUCACGCUCGUCGCGCGCGAUCGCAAGACGUUGAGCCUCAAGGCUGCCGAUGGCGCCGUCUUCUCCUACGAGAUCCUCGAGAUCUUCCCCUUCACGUCGGAGAGCAAGCGCAUGGGCAUCGUCGUCCGCGAACUCGGCACCGGCGAGCUCACGUUUUUCCAAAAGGGGGCGGAUGUGGUCAUGGCCAGGAUUGUCGCGCAGAACGAUUGGCUCGACGAGGAGUGCGGCAACAUGGCUCGCGAGGGCCUGCGGACACUCGUGGUCGGCCGGAGGCGCCUGACACCGGACUCGUACGCUGCCUUCGAGCGCGCCUAUAAGUCGGCCCGCCUCCAGGUCGAGGAGCGCGGCGAAGCCAUGGCUCACGUCGUCGGCCAGCAUCUGGAGAACAACCUGGAGCUGCUCGGCCUCACCGGCGUCGAGGACAAGCUGCAGGACGACGUCAAGAUGACGCUCGAGUUGCUGCGCAACGCCGGCAUAAAAGUCUGGAUGCUGACGGGUGACAAGAUCGAGACGGCCACGUGCAUUGCCAUCUCGAGCAAGCUCGUCGCACGUAACCAAUACGUCCACCAGGUGGCCAGGCUCAAGAGGCCCGACGCUGCGCGCGCGAUGCUCGACUUCCUCCGGUCGAAGCUGGACUGCUGCCUGGUGAUCGACGGCGAGUCGCUGCAACUUUGCCUCGACCAUUUCAAGGACGACUUCAUCGACCUCGCGACGCAGCUGUCUGCCGUGGUAGCCUGCCGCUGCUCGCCGACGCAAAAGGCCGACGUAGCGAGGCUGAUCCGGUGGCACACCAAGAAGCGGGUCUGCUGCAUCGGCGAUGGCGGCAACGACGUCUCCAUGAUCCAGGCCGCCGACGUCGGGCUUGGCAUCGUCGGCAAGGAGGGCAAGCAGGCCUCGCUAGCGGCCGACUUCUCGAUCAACCAAUUCAGCUACCUCACCAAGCUGCUCGUGUGGCACGGUCGCAACUCGUACAAGCGCAGCGCAAAGCUGGCUCAGUUCGUCAUCCACCGCGGCCUCAUCAUCUCGAUCAUCCAGGCCGUGUUUUCGUCGAUCUUCUACUUUGCCCCCAUCGCCCUCUACCAGGGCUGGCUGAUGGUCGGCUACGCCACGGUGUAUACGAUGGCUCCCGUCUUUUCGCUGGUCCUCGACCGUGACGUGAGCGAGGACCUGGCGCUCCUCUACCCGGAGCUUUACAAGGACCUCACCAAGGGCCGGAGCCUCAGCGCCAAGACGUUCACCACCUGGCUAAUGAUCAGCGUCUACCAGGGCGGCGCCAUCAUGAUUCUCAGCCUGAUGCUGUUCGAGAACGAGUUUCUCAACAUUGUCAGCAUCUCGUUCACCGCCCUCGUCAUCAACGAGCUCAUCAUGGUCGCACUCGAGAUUACCACUUGGCACGUCUACAUGAUCCUCUCGGAGGUCGUCACCCUCUUCUUCUACUGCAUCAGCAUCAUCUUCCUUCCAGAGUUUUUCGACCUCAACUUCGUCCUCACCCACCGCUUCUUUUGGAAGACGGCUGUCAUUGUCGCAGUCUCGAGCCUGCCGCUGUACGCCUACAAGGUGGUGAGGCAGAGGUUGGCGCCGCCCAGCUACAGCAAGCUCGCCAUGACGUAG